GGACUUGUUUUCGACUGGAUGCAUGGAUGUGGGCCUCAUAACAAGAAAAUGAUAAUUGCUGAAUCAUUCGAUUUUGCUGCUGAUGAAGCUCUGCAAGAGAAGGAGAGUGGUGUAUGCAAAUAUCGAAGUCUUCCUGAUGGAACUGAUGAGAAGCUGGUGGCAAGGGGUAAAACAGCGAGCAUUAUUUCUCUUCCUGCUGGUGUGAUUCAAAGAAGCUUUAUUACAGACUUCGAGAUUAAUGAUGUUGGUCUUUUUCUAGCUAUAAGGCGUAUUUCCGUCUUCGGCAGCGCAGCUUAA